GUGUUGUUUUGGUUUUUGGACGACUGUUGCGCAAGAAAACAACGUGACGCUGACAACGAGAAUGACUCCGUUGUGCAGCGGCGUUCCUCUUGCUCGGUUGCAGAGUGCACUGCUUGCUCUACUACUUGGGCUGGUGUUGAGCGUGCAUGCCCUGCGGGUGCCACAGCCUAAGCUCCGCGUGUAUGUGGUGGAGCCGCCAACGCUGGCUCAACGGCAUCACGAGUUCGUGUCAGACGGAACGCUGGAAGAUGCGUUUGGCACGGCGCUGUCUGCACGCGACGUUGUGCGGGCGCUCACGCCAAUGCACAACAACAUGUCGGCGGCCGCACUGGAAACCCUGGCGCUGCUUGCACGACGCGGCUGGCUGUUUGACACCAAUGAGUAUCGCAUGGCUGCGAUGAUGCACCUUCGGCUGUGGCUGUCGCCGCUUCGCGUGACCUCCAUCACGGACGCCGACGUCGUGUUCGCCUACGGCUGCACCCGAAACUACGCUGCUUUCUACCAACAAGAGUCCCGGCUUCUACGCAAUGGCACGCUGUCCCACAGACUACCCCGCUUCCACUUCAGCUCGCGGUGGUGGCGAGAGAGCUACGAGAAGCACGCUGCCGGGAUAUCCAGAGAAGCAUGCGACCUCAACAGCAACACCUUGGUAUCGCUGAUUGAUCGAUACGAGGACUGCCCAUCUGGCCUCGCAUGUGCACCCUGGGUGAUGGCAUGUCCGACUGGCGUCCAUGCUCCUCUCCACCUUGGCUGGGCCGGCAACUACGCAAGCGUGUUUCCGCAACUCUUCAACAAGUCCACCCAAACCCACCGCACCCAUCUCCUUGCCUUUCAAGGCAGCAUUGACCGCAGCUGGCGGCUGAAGCGCUAUCGCAAACGGCUUGUGCGAGAGCUGCAGCAAACGCCCAGCUCAGCACUGGUGCAGCGAGGGCGCGUGUUGGGUCUGAAUGACUUGUUCUUCACCCCAAACCUCGCCUCAGGGCAACGCCGCAGUGACUACUUCAACCCAGGACUCACCAUGCUCGCAACUUACCUAGACAGCCAAUUCUGCCUGCAGCCGCCCGGAGACACGGAUUUGCGCCGUGCCAUGUUCGACUGCAUGCUCAUGGGCGGCAUCCCCGUCAUCCUGGAGCUGCAGCGACGGGCCAUGGACAGCGUGCUUGCAGGCAUCUGGAUCAAACACGAUCAUGAUCACAGCAACCAAGAAGAAGGUCUUCACGCCUUCCCCAGCAUGACUGCCUCCGAAUCCUCUCCCUCUAUGGGUUCAGGCCGCAGCGCAGGGAGACUUGAUGAUGUGGUUGUGGUAGUCGAUACAGAUGUGACCGCCCCGGCGUUGUAUACAGAGCUGCUGGGUCGCUUGGAAUCUGGGUGGGUUGACGCAGCACGUGCUCGCCUCGGCCGGGCUGCGCAUCGCCUCCAGCUCUCCACACCACCACGUGAUGAUGUAAUGCGCUCGCAGCGAUCAUCAUCACGCAGCGUUACGUUGCACGACCAUGCGGGUGAUCCUCCGGAUGCAAUGGACGCGGCCAUGACGCUGCUUGCACGCACUUUACCCAAAGGCAACACACGUACAGCCCGUUGGGGAGGGUGAACAGUGUCAUCAUAUUGCUCUUGAAUUGAAGUAUGCUCGUGACGAGAAGUAUGCUGUUGAUUAUACACGACGUGUG